UUGUACAAUAAUGUUGUUUUUAAUAUGAAUUUGUCACAGAUGAGAUCAAAUCACUGUAAACAAGAAUAUUUUCAUAUCAAUAAUAUGAACGAAAUUAGAAGUGGCUCGUUUCCUAAUUCCCUUUCAUCCUGAUCACUCUGGCUGUGACCAUGUGGAUGGAGAUUUGCUAUUGUGUUGAUUCUGCUGCUAGGAAACGGCCAAGUCAAUCGUUGCCGCGGCUGCAGUGGAACGCUGCUUUUCCUUGUGGCAGGUUAACCCUGCUGAUGGUGUCCAGGGCCAGUCCCAAUACCGAAUCCACGGUUUAAAUUAUGGAAGCCUAGAGGGAAUGAUUGGAAGAUGACGGUGAUGUAAGGCAUUCUCCUAUGUCACCAAAUUCUUCUAUCUUUUUUUACUCCCACGAAUUCUGAUACAGCAACAGUUGGAAAAUUAGUUUGUUCACAAAAACUCAACUUCCAGUAUGAGCAAGCUGUGAAAAAUAGUCUUCCCAAGUGCACCACCCAUGAAAACAGCUAUAACAGAAAAUAAUCAUUGCAAAGAGAUCCACAUGUAAUCCAUUAAAUCUAAUUCUAUACUCAUUAUCAAGUCUACUUCUAGAACUGUGCAAGCUCAAAUUGAAUAUCAUUGUCAUCCACUGGACAUUGAUUUCACAUAUUGAGGAUCAUCAGAAAACCUUAUAUCUAGUUCUCAAGAGUUAAAGGAAUACCUGCACAACUGAAAAGGAAACUGCUUCCACGAGGUAGCUCAAUAAUUCAAGUUUAAGGACUUGAAAAAGUUAGCUAUGUCAAAACUCUCGAGAGUGUGCUAUAUAUGUGGUAAACAAUUUGGAUCACAUUCAAUUGCUGUGCAUGAGCCUCAAUGUCUACAGAAAUGGCGAAUUGAGAAUGAGAAAUUACCAAAGCACCAAAGAAGACCAGAACCAAGAAAACCAGAGGCUGUUAAAACUGAUGGUUCUUAUGAUGUUGAUGCUACUAAUGCAGCAGCAUUUGCAAGUGCAAAUGCUCAACUCAUUCCCUGUGAAAACUGUGGUCGAACAUUUUUGCCUGAUCGACUUUCUGUACACCAAAGAAGCUGUAAAGGAAAAGGUGGAGGUACAUCAUCCAGAAUGCCUGAGUCAAGUACAGGUUACAGUUCUCCACCAGUAAUUAAACGCCCACGAACAGUUGUCUGCUAUCUUUGUGGCAGAGAAUAUGGAACUACAUCUAUAAGUAUUCAUGAGCCACAGUGUUUGAAAAAAUGGCAUAUUGAAAAUGAUAAGCUUCCAAAGCAUCUCAGAAGGCCUGAACCCAAGAAACCUGAAGUCAGGUCUAUCACAGGUAAAGGUGCAUAUGAUAUAGAUGCUUUAAAUGAGGCAGCUUGGAGAAGUUCCCAAGAUCAACUGGUACCUUGUGAGAUCUGUGGGCGAACCUUCCUCCCAGACAGAUUGAUUGUCCACCAGCGUUCAUGUAAACCAAAGUGACCAAACCAAUUAACAAAGCUAAACUGUUGCGGAUUAAGAUGUGACUGUAAAGAAUAAUUUAUUGAUUCCAUGAAAACUAAAAUAAUACAACAAAACUUUUUAAAAAAAUGUUUGUGGCAUUUUUGUGCAAAUUCCUGUUGUAAAUAUACUGAAAUAAAACAAUUUUGAAAUUAAAUUCACUACACAUGUGUUAUUGCUUCAAGAUUAGGAUGGACAUUCCACUGCUGUUCCAACAUACAUCUGCCAAGCCUUCACCCAUCCAAAUAAAAACCAUUGUGAUGUUUAGGGUAAAGAUUUCCUAUACUGGGAGGUUUAUGCAUUGUGAUCUUCCAUUUAAAGAGGUCAGAACAUGUAUGCCGUUGCAGGUUAAAUAACUCCAAAGCAUAAAUGCAUAUCUUACACAAAGGGUUCUUAUAGAAUCAUAUAAUUUUAUGGUACUAGAAGGAGGCCAUUUGACCCAUCAUAUACCAGCUCCCAAAAGAGCUGAUCAGCUAGUCCUAAUCUCAAGCCCUAUCGCCACAUCCC